CUCACUCGCCGCCGUCUUGCCGCUAGCCUGUCUCACCUCGCGGCCGGCAGCCUUGCGCGACGCGCCGCGCUCUUUCACAUUCAAAAUUAUUCGCAAUCAUUGCAAAAACUCUCUGUGCAAUAAAAAUAUCCCAUUACUCGCUGCGGUCGCAUUAAUUCUGAAAACAGAGAGAGAUCUUUAAAUCUUUUUGAACACAUAACUUGUCUUUCAAAGUUUGAAUGCACUCCUCGUUGCAUGUCCCGCGCGCGUCGUUAUGAGAACCCCGUACUGGCGGUCACGUUGACGUCGCGCGGUGCCGCCAUAUCUGUCUCGGCCACCAACUAGCAAAAUUAAUAGGCUCAAAAAUUUGUUUCACAUCACUAGAAGAAUGCGAUGACCCGCGCAUUCGCUUUUUGAAAUUACGCCUUACCCGGAUGGAAUGAGGAGUGCACUAUCCUAUUGUUUCACAGUUUCUUAUGUUUGAACAUCAUUUGUUUUUUUGUUUUUCGGACAAUUAGAGAGUUGUCAUUUUCUUCCAAAAUUACAAAAAAUUGUAAAAUAAGAAUGGCGGAGGGUAAUGGAGAAAUAUCCCUAGAAGAGGUCCCUGGGAAGGACUCUGAUGUUGGCCGGACACCAGAUUACCACAAACUUAUAGAAUAUGGCUUGGACACAAAGGUAGCAAGCAAGCUCGACGAUAUUUAUAAGACUGGAAAGCUAGCGCACGCAGAGUUGGACGAGCGUGCGCUAGAUGCCUUAAAAGAAUUUCCAUCCGACGGUGCUUUAAGUGUUCUUGGACAAUUUUUAGACUCAAAUCUCGAACAUGUAUCUAAUAAAAGUGCUUAUUUAUGUGGAGUCAUGAAAACCUAUAGACAGAAAAGCAGGGCGGGUGUGCAGGGCGCGCCCGCGCUGUCAUCCACUGUCCAGGUCAAAGGACCCGACGAGGAGAAGAUCAAACAGAUCUUAGAGAGGACCGGUUACACGUUAGACGUGACGACAGGUCAGCGCAAAUACGGCGGGCCGCCGCCGGGCUGGGAGGGCGGCACGCCCGGCGCCGGCUGCGAGGUGUUCUGCGGGAAGAUCCCCAAGGACAUGUACGAGGACGAGCUUAUCCCGCUGUUCGAGCGCUGCGGCACCAUCUGGGACCUGCGCCUGAUGAUGGACCCCAUGACGGGCACCAACCGCGGGUACGCCUUCGUCACCUUCACGACGCGGGACGCCACGCAGCGCGCCGUGCACGAGCUGAAUGAUUAUGAAAUUCGAAAGGGGAAAAAGAUUGGCGUAACGGUUUCCUUUAACAAUCAUCGUUUAUUCGUGGGAAAUAUCCCUAAGAAUCGAGAUCGGGACGAUUUGUUUGAGGAGCUUACUAGGCACGCACCCGGACUCGUAGAAGUAAUUAUAUAUAGUUCGCCCGAUGAUAAGAAGAAAAAUAGAGGAUUUUGUUUUUUGGAAUACGAGUCUCACAAAGCCGCGUCGUUAGCUAAACGUAGACUUGGAACUGGUAGAAUAAAGUCUAAUGAUCCUUCGCAGGUAUGGGGCUGUGAUAUUAUAGUGGAUUGGGCUGAUCCUCAAGAAGAGCCCGAUGAGCAAACUAUGAGUAAAGUUAAGGUGUUAUACGUCCGAAACCUAACCCAAGAAAUCACGGAAGAGGCGCUGAAAGAAGAGUUUGAACGUUACGGGACCGUGGAGCGCGUCAAGAAGAUAAAGGAUUACGCUUUCGUCCAUUUUGAAGACCGAGAUUGUGCUGUUAAGGCGAUGGAAGAAUUAUAUGGAAAAGAUAUGGGCGGCGCUCGUUUGGAGGUGUCGCUGGCGAAACCCCCUUCAGACAAAAAGAAGAAAGAGGAAAUAUUACGUGCGCGUGAACGUCGGAUGACCCAAAUGAUAUACGGCCGUGGCGGAUUUGAUUGGUGCAGCUGCUCGCCGGUGCACGGCGCGCUGCGCGGCCGCACGCCGCAGCCGCAGCCGCGCCCGCCGCAAGCGCGCGGCGACUACGAUUAUGAUUACGACUAUUACGGGUACGGGGAUUACCGAGGUGGCUACAAUGAGCCAUUUUACCGGUACGAUGAGUUCUAUUUUGAUUACGCGGGGCCACCGCAACCGUCCGCCGUCCGCCAGCCUCCCAACAGAGCGCAACCGGACGACGAGCUCGCUCUCGGGCCCAACUCGCUUUACUACGAUCUAACUGGAGGCAUUCAGGGGGCUGGGUCAUGUGGGACGGGCGCCCGCUGGGCGCGGCGCGGGGCCGCGGCUGGGGCCCGUGGUGGUGCGCGGCGCGCCGCUCGUGGCCGCCGCACGCCCAGCGCCAUGCGUGGCAACCCGCGCGCCAAGCCAAGUUUACCAGGUAAACGUAAACACGACGGGGGUCAACAGAACGCUGGGGGGGAGAGCAAACGGCCGCCGGGCGCCGCGCGCGCGAGCCCCUGUCCCGGAGACACUACAAGCUGCGCAGGGGAGCACCUCGCCCGCGCACCGCGCCUCGCACGCUCCGCAGCGGUUCACGGUUACGUUUACGCCCGGUCCGCCCGCCCUAGCGGGGGGAUCGUUCCACUUUUUUCUAUAUAUGUGUUUUUUUUAUUUGAUUUUCACGUUUUCGAUUUUGUAUCGCGACGAUUCCGUAAAAAUCUUAAAGUAGGACGUUAUGAAAUGUUUCGAAUGUAAGUUUCCCGUUAUGCUUAUGUUUUCACUGUCGUAUUAGCCGUAUAUAUUUAAUAUAUACUUUAUUUUUGUGAGGACGCGCGGCCGCGGUUGCCUGUUUGCGGUCGCGCGUCGGGUCGCCGACCCGUCGACUGUCUGUUUUUUUUAAUACAUGUUAUUCGAUAUAUUUUAUUCCUGCGAACGCAUUUUGCGAUGUGAUGUGUAUUUUAGCAGUAAUUAUUAUAUUAUAAGGAGUUUGACUGUUGUUUAUUGACAAACUUACAACUAAGGUUACACGAGGAAGAAUUUAUGGAAUGAAUUGAACUCGACUCUAUCAAUUGCGGCUAAAAUAAAAAACACCUGUAAUCGAUAACAUUUCCCAACUGUGUUCCUGCUUUAGUUUUUUGCUUUAUUUUUAUUACAUAUUUCCCUUUAAAAUACAUUAGUGUGAAGAAGUAGUAAUGUAAAGUUCAGGAUUUCUGCAAUGUUUAUUAUUAUCGCUGUACUAAACUUUUUUGUAUUUCGACCACAUAGCAUGUCCAUACUGUUAGAACUCUGACUUGUAUCAAUCUUGUAUCAGUUAAUAUGUGGAAUAAAUUUGCAAAACUGUGUUUGCCUUAUUA